AUCUUUCGCAUCUGAGGUCACAAACUUCAAACUCUCAUUGUCCAAUCUCUUAACUCACGGCAAUUUUCCAAUUGCGGCUGUCAAGCAUUUCGUCGUUUUUGGUUGAGAUAAAAGUAACACCCUAAUAUCGUGGAAUUGGAUUGCUCACGGAAUCAACAAGAAAGGGGUUACGUCUGUGGAACCAAUGGAAUUCCAGUCAUCUGAUCCACGCCAAAUGGAACCAUAUCAAGAACCAGUCGCGGAGAACAUCACUGGUCUGUUUGUGGGCCUGAGUACCGCUUGUGUACUCUCAAGUCUAUGCACUCAUAAGUAUCUCAGCGUUAAGGAGUGGAAGAGGUUGCCAUGGAUUAUAUGGCUUGUCCUCUUUAUAUAUCUCUCUUCGGUGGUGUUUGUGUUCGGUUUUGUGAUUAUUCAAUACGGUAUCGAAGCUAGUUCUAGCUCCGCGGCAUGCAGUUCUCCCAGUCUCCUUUGCUUAGGAGCAUACCUAGCUAGUAAGACAUUUAUUUACCUGUUCUUGGUCGAUAGAGCCCACAUCAUCCGUAGAACGACCAAGAGCCGUUCGAAAUCCAAAUUGUAUAUAUGGAACUGCUUUGGGAUGGUUGCCAUUUAUACUAUUAUUGGUACCUUAGGCCUUAUUUACCAGAAAUACCGCUUAGAGAAUGAAAUGCACCAUUGGCGUAAAAAGUAACUUCUGGUGUCUAUGAUUAUUUUCGAAACGCUCGCCAAUGUGAAUCCUGGGAAACAUGCUGACCAUUGCCGGUUAUUAACCUAUACCAGGUCUAUCUAACAGUAUUAUUCUUGAGGCCCUUUAUGAGUAGGUACUUUAUAUGUACACAUCAACUAACGAUACCAAGACACAUCAAAUACGUACUCUGUGCGAUGGCAGCUCUGGAAACCCGACGAGGAAAAAGUCUGGGAAGGCGCCGGUCCGGUCGCACAACCUCCAAAUGUCCAACUGCAACAACUCGCCUGGAGAACCAUCAUAGGCUGCCUUGCUACCAUUGCUAUAAGUGUAACGUGCGUGAGGUCGCAAAUAUCCCCUCAGACAAUUUGCUGGUUCUGCCUCAUGUGCUGUA